UCACACCGGCGGCUGUUGUCAGGUCUCCGUGGGUGUGGCUGCUGACGGCUCAGAGGCGUCACCCAGCGAACGGCAGGCGCGGGCUCAGUUUUCCAGAUCCAAGGGUAGGAAAGAAGGCUGUGCGUGCUACAGAGCUGUUGCUUUUUCAAGUCGCUCUCUUCCAGGCUCCGUCCGGUGGUCAGCAUGGCCCGUGGAAAUCAGAGAGAACUUGCCCGCCAGAAAAACAUGAAGAAAACCCAGGAAAUUAGCAAGGGAAAAAGAAAAGAAGAUAGCUUGACCAUCUCUCAGAGAAAGCUGAGGGAUUCUGAGAUCAUGCAGCAGAAGCAGAAGGCAGCUAAUGAGAAGAAGUCUAUGCAGACAAGAGAAAAAUGAUGACUGGCUAGCUGAAAAACCUGGGUGCUACCACCAGCUAGGUGUAUAAACUCUAAGAUCAAGAUUUUGUAGUGUGAGCUGUCAUUACAUGUAUUAUAACUUAUCCUUAUAAAACUAUUUUAAGCUUUACCUUUCAGCCUGACUUAGUGUGAUGUUUUAGAACCAUUCUUUAAAGAAUAAAAUACUAACCAUGCAUAUAAAAUA